AUGUUAAGGACAACUUCAUUCGUAACAGGAGGCUUCACUUGUGUCAACAGAAGAAUAUUGUCCAGGGUAUGGUACUCAAAUGGUGCCAAUGAUGACAAUUGUGAUCGUUUAAAGCACAAGAGUAUAACAAAGCCUGUGGAUCCGUCUGCUAGGGUAUUGCGACACAUACAGUUUACUAAGAGAAUGCCCUUCCAGCAAGGGUUAGCAAUCCAAGAGCAAUUUGUUAGGGCCAAUUUGGACAUGAAGAAAGUGCAAUCAAAAAUUGAACAAAAACUGGUCGAAUUGGAACACGAGUAUCAAGGAAAUGCAACUAUAAAUUCUAAUGAAAAGCAAAUAUUAGACAAGAUACUUGCUAUGAAACCUAACCCAAUGGUUUUAACGUUUGAGUACGAGCCAACUUACACUGGAGGGAAACGAAUUAAGAAGGUAAUCACGCAGGAGCAGAUAUCUCAACUUGAAAACUUCAAGCCAACAAAAGAUAUAAUGAAUCCUUCACCAAAAUUUGUACAAGUAGAAAGGGGUGGAGAACUAACAUUUCAUGGGCCGGGACAAAUAGUUGCUUAUAUUGUUUUGGAUUUGAAAGCAUUUAAGAAUUUUCCUGCCAGAUGUUUAAUAUCUGUUAUUGAAACGGCUGCGAAGAACACUUUGAAGAUAGCUCCUGUCAGAAAAGGAGGUUUACCACUAAAUAUUGACACCAAAAGAGUUGGUGAUAAGAUUGGAGUCUGGGUCAUGAAUGAUGAUAAGAUAGCCAGUAUUGGAGUUCAUGUGAGACGGUCGAUUACAUCACAUGGAAUAUGUAUUAAUGUUUGUCCUGAUCUCUCAUAUUUGAACAACUUCGAGAUGUGCGGUAAUCCAGACGGUAAGGCAACAAGUAUAUUAAAUGAAUUUCCUAAUGCAAAUGUGACAAUUCAAGAUAUAUCGAUUGCUUUUGUACGAGAAUUGGCCAAACUACUAGGAAUUGACACGGUUGAGAGAAUGCAGACUGAUGGUUCAGAAAUGAAUCAAUUGUAA